UACCGAGCGCUGCCUGUACUCGCUUCUCUUUUCGACCUUUUGGCGUAACGUGAAAGGUCGGGCGGUACUGCACACCACCUCGGGAGCGACCAACAAAACCCGACACGUCACACCACGACGGUGAUCGAGUCCUUUCGCAUCGCCCUGCGAUAUUCCCUCGUGCUUUCGCGACACAACUUGGGGUGGUGCAAAGAGCACCCCGAAGGCUCCAACAUGCUUCUUCCCAAGGGCGGUGUUUCCUGGAAGUCCGCCAAGGCACAAUUACCCCCUACGAGAGCGAUAUGGGUCUUCCUCACAAGGACGCGAUUUCUCUUGUCCCUCGCCGUUGCCGGCAUCAUUCUGCUACUAUGGCGCGGCAUCAGAGGGUCGGCGGCCGAGAUGCAAAGUUUCUACUGCUGGGGUCCCUCGAAACCGCCAAUGGAAAUGACACUGAACGAGCAACAAGCAUGGAAUUCCCACCUGCAAACACCAGUCAUUUUCAACCACCACACCCCGAUAGAAGUCAACGAAUCCACCAUUAUCAACGUCAAGCUGAACCCCAUCAAGUCUACGCGCCAGGCCGCCCAGAACGAAGAGCGGGUUCUUAUCGUCACCCCCCUAAAGGACGCUGCUCCCUACUUGUCCAAGUACUUUGAACUCAUUGCCGAGCUCACAUAUCCCCACAACCUGAUUGAUCUUGCCUUCCUGGUCGGCGACUCUACUGAUGACACUCUCGGAGUUUUGGCCAUGGAGCUGGAGCGCAUUCAGAAGCGUCCCGACAAGAUUCCCUUCCAUAGCGCCAUGGUCGUCGAAAAGGACUUCGAUUUCAAGCUUGCCCAGAGCGUCGAGGAAAGGCAUGGCUUUGAGGCUCAAGGCCCCCGACGCAAGGCUAUGGGCAUGGCUCGCAACUACCUUUUGUCCACUGCUCUCAAGCCUGACCACUCUUGGGUUUACUGGCGCGACGUCGAUAUUGUGGACAGCCCCAAGAAGAUCCUGGAGGAUUUCAUUGCGCAUGACCGAGACAUCCUUGUGCCCAACAUCUGGUUCCACCGCUACAGAGACGGCCGCGAUGUUGAGGGUCGAUUUGACUACAACUCCUGGGUUGAAUCCGAGAAGGGCUUGAAGCUUGCAUCUAGUCUGAGCAAGGACACUGUACUCGCCGAAGGCUACAAGCAGUACGACACCGGAAGACAACAUAUGGCCCGCAUGGGUGAUUGGAGAAACGACAAGGACGAGGAGAUUGAGCUUGAUGGUAUUGGUGGUGUCAACAUUUUAGUCAAGGCUCACGUCCAUCGUGCCGGUAUCAACUUCCCUUGCUAUCCUUUCGAGAACCAGGCCGAAACAGAGGGUUUCGCAAAGAUGGCGAAGCGCGCAGGAUUUGAGGUUAUCGGUCUGCCCAACUACGUUGUCUGGCAUAUCGAUACUGACGAGAAACCUGGCAAUGCGUAGAUCGUUUCCUGAUCUACAUCCUCUCUUCCUUAUCCUCAUAUCCUCUGAGCACCGGCUUUGUCUACCGGUCUCGGACUUUUG